UUGCCCAGUGGGACUUAGCCUCCAGGAAGCAGGAAUCAAUGUGUUUCCUCCUUUUUCCAGGAACCAGAGGGAUGGUUGCCCUGAAGGUUAGAACUCUACAAAGGGCAUUGAUCUUACUGUUGGUUCCUUUGGAACUGAUGUCUCAGGUGUUUCAAACUCCUAGGGCUAGGCUGCAAGGUUCGAGAUGAAUUCACCAUUUAGUGGAAAAAGUCAUUGUCCCUGAAGUUCUCAGAACUCUUGCUUCAGGGAACCCAGAGCACAAUAAAACCAGGAUCAACAGCUAGAGCUGGGGCCGCUUCUCUGGCUAUUGAGGCUGUGACUCAUCCUGGUACAUGUCACAGCUCCAGCUUUGGCAUCUGCUGCUUUCUUGCAGAAUAGCCUUCUUCCCCCAUUUCCCUUGUUCAUUUGCUACAGCCUGCUCAUUUUUUCAAGAUACCUUCACUGUCCCCUUUCAAGUCCUCUCAAUUUUCUCCUUUAUGUUUCCCCCAUCAAAUGCAGCCCUUUUCCUGUACUUAACUGAUUCCUUGAGUUGACCUCUGCUGUCACAUCUUAUCAUUGUCUGCUCCCCAGAUAGCUUGUGAGCUCGCUACUCUGUCUCUAGUGCUUAGCACAGCAGAAGUGCUUUGCACAUGGCAGAUGAUGAGUCAGGGAUCUGCCAGGACUCAACCUAGUAUUCUGUCAGGCUGCACCAGCUAUUUUAUAGGGAAGCCCCCUCUUGUCAUACUGUUGCCAUUUUGUUGUUGUUGCACAUGGACACAAUAUCUUUUAUUUGUUUAUUUUUAUGUGGUGUUGAGGCUUGAACCCAGUGCCUCACACAUGCUAAGGCAAGCACUCUGCCGCUGAGCCACAACCCCAGCCCGCUGUGGCCACUUCUGAUGGAUCUGCAUUUAGCAAUCACCUUAGCACACAGAACCCUCUUCCACACUUUGCGGACAAAGGAGUAAAAGCAUAAAAGAUGAUAUGGUCCCUCAGCUCCAGAAGCUGCUUUGCUUUCAGUGUAAGAUAGUAAAUUGUAGGAAGGGGCUUGAGGGUCUUGUUUUUGGUAAGUCCUUCAAGAUUUGGUGAAGGAGUAAACAAAUGAGCGAAAGGGAGAGGAGAAUCCCAUGAUAUGAAGCUUUACACAAGAAAAGUGCUGAGUGAUCAGAAUGGGCUGGGCCUAGUCAGCAGAGGCUCCUGCUGACCCUGACCUUUGAACUGAGUCUUGCAUGCUUUCUUCCUGUCCCCCACACCCCUGCACAGCUGAAGAGCUUUGACCAGUUCACCUGCAAUCUGCUCUAUGUGAGCUGGAGGAAGGACCUCACUGAGCACCUACACCACCUCUACUUCCAGGCCCGCGUGUACUACAUCCUCAACGUGCUGCGGGAUGACAUCGAUAACCCAGAACCCCAGGGGAAGCUGCGGGGCUGAGAAUAGGGAGCCAAAAAGAAGAGGCCAGGAGCAGCUCCCUUUUGUCCAUUUCAUAUCCUGGUCCUCUAAAUAAGGUGAGGAAGUGAGGCCCAGGGAUUGCAAGUGACUUGCCCAGGGUCACAUCUCUCAUUGGGAAUAAGAGUCAGGGUCCCUUGGUGGUGCACCGAUGAGACCUGUGGGCUUUCUCUUUAUCGCUCCCACACCGCCAUCCUCCCCAGCAAGCACUUGGCUGCGUGGUGACUUUUCCUCAGCUCAAGCUGAGCUUCGCGGUGAAGGUGUUUGGAAGGGACCAGCGCAUCAGCCAGGAUGUGGAGCGAUUCUGCCGGCAGCUCAGCAGCAUGGCCAGCAAGCUCAUCAUCUCCCCCUUCACCCUCGCCUACUACACUUACCAGUGCUUCCAAAGCACAGGGUGGCUUGGGCCUGUGAGCAUCUUCGGAUAUUUCAUCCUGGGAACCUUGGUGAACAAAUCUUUGAUGGGGCCCAUUGUGGCCAAGCUGGUGCAGCAGGAGAAGCUGGAAGGGGAUUUUAGGUUCAAGCACAUGCAGAUUCGGGUGAAUGCUGAGCCUGCUGCUUUCUACAGAGCAGGGCAUGUGGAGCACAUGAGAACAGACCGCAGGCUGCAGAGACUCCUUCAGACCCAGAGGGAGCUGAUGUCCAAGGAGCUCUGGCUGUACAUUGGCAUCAACACCUUUGACUAUCUGGGCAGCAUCCUGAGUUAUGUUGUCAUCGCAAUCCCCAUUUUCAGUGGGGUCUAUGGAGACCUGAGCCCCACAGAGCUGAGCACCCUGGUCAGCAAGAAUGCCUUUGUGUGCAUGUACCUCAUCAACUGCUUCACCCGACUCAUCGACCUCUCCACCACGCUCUCAGACGUGGCCGGUUACACGCACAGGAUUGGGGAGCUUCAGGAGGCCCUGAUGGAGAUGUCCCUGAAGUUGCAGGACUGUGAGAUCCUGGACGAUAGUGAGUGGGACUUGGACAAGGCCUCAGGACGGCCAGCACCAGAGCCAGCAGACACAGCUUUUCUGCUUGAGCGGGUCUCCAUCUCUGCCCCCUCCUCUGACAUACCCCUGGUCAAGGACCUGAACCUGAAGAUCUGCGAGGGGCAGAGCCUGCUCAUCACGGGCAAUACGGGCACGGGCAAGACCUCCCUGCUGCGGGUUCUGGGCGGCCUCUGGGCAAGCACACGGGGCUCCGUGCAGAUGCUGACCGACUUUGGGCCCCAUGGGGUGCUGUUCCUGCCACAAAAGCCGUUCUUCACUGAUGGGACCCUUCGGGAGCAGGUGAUAUAUCCCCUGAAGGAGAUCUACCCAGACUCAGGCUCCGCUGAUGACGAGAGGAUCGUGAGGUUCUUGGAAUUGGCAGGCCUGUCCAGCCUGGUGGCAAGAACAGAGGGUCUAGACCAGCAGGUGGAUUGGAACUGGUAUGAUGUCCUGUCCCCAGGGGAGAUGCAAAGGCUGUCCUUUGCCCGACUCUUCUACCUACAGCCUAAGUAUGCAGUGCUUGAUGAAGCCACCAGCGCCCUGACAGAGGAGGUGGAGAGUGACCUCUACAGAAUUGGUCAGCAGCUGGGGAUGACAUUCAUCAGCGUAGGACAUCGGCCCAGCCUCGAGAAGUUUCACUCCUGGGUUCUGAAACUAUGUGGAGGAGGAAGAUGGGAACUGUCUAGAGUCAAAGUGGAAUAAAACCAAGGAUGUGGACAGCCGCCAGGAGAGCCAAGCAGCCUCCAGGAAACCAGGAGGACCAAGGGGGCAAGAAGGAGCCCCAGGUGUGCCUCCCGCAGGAACCCUCACAACAGUGGGCCCAGCCCAGGGUGGCCCGGCAGGGAACACCAAGGUCCACUCAUCGCUGCUCCUGUGACCUCGGCCAUGGCCUCUGUAUUCUGGAAGUGCUGACAACUAAACAUUACUAAAGAUCAUCUUUGUUGAAGAAAGGUUUGAAAGUACGCACGCUGUAAGAAAUGAAGGGUCAGGGUGUGGACCUGGAAUCAAGAACCAAUUAAAUUUUGUAAUGAUAGAUUUUGAACUUUAAUUAACUGACUUUUUACCUUUUUUUUUUUUUUUUUAAAGGAAAAGUUAAACAUUAAAAAGUGUUUUUGCAGCUUUUACUCUCUCUCUCUUUGCUGUAAAAUGAUCUUUAUUGACUGUCUGGCCUCAGAGCCUGAGGAGAGGUAGCUGCUCUCUACUGGCACAUGCUGCCUGCGGUUUCCACUUCACCUCUCCCUUCCCUGUGCCAGUGCAGUGCAGUCAGACGAACCACUAAUGUCCAGGGCGUUUCUGUCCUUAGAUGCUGGGGAUGGACCGCAGGCCCCUGCACAUGCUAGGCCAGCUGUCUACAUUGAGCUGUGCUAUCCUAACCCAUGUGAAAAUAAAUGCCUUUCUCCUUACCAGCUAAAACAGGGUU